AUGUCCUCAGAACCAUCCUCGUCCUCCCCAAAGCGUGCGGCCUCUGACGAGCCUUUUCAGGAUCCGUCGCGCGCUGUCAAAUCCCAGCAGUCGUCUGUCCCUUUCACCGCAGAUCGCAUCCCCAACGGCGACAUCGACGCAUACAUGGCAGAGCAAGAAGGAUCUGACGGCGAGGCCACCCUUUCUUCCCCUACAAAGAGGCUGGCCACAGUAGAAGAACUGUCCAAAGCCCCCAUGCGCGUCAACGAGACCUGGUACGUUGUCUCCCCCUCCUGGUACAAGCGGUGGCGGAAAGCGCUCUCUGGCGAAGUAGACAAGGAAGGGCCAGUCAAAGAGGCCGACAUUGGUCCUGUCGACAAUUCGGACAUUGUGUCUUCCACCGAUGCAAAUGACAUAAAUCAAAACGUGGCCCCGGAUGAUUUGGUGUACGUGCCACAGCAGGUCUGGGAAUGGUUCACCCGUUGGUAUGGCCAGCCACACCAAUCGUUACCCCGCAAGGUGGUUGCCAGGGGAGUACAGGCGGAGCUUUCACUCGAGCUCCAUCCUCUCAAAAUCAGGAUGCAUAUAUUAUCUGCAGAUACUGCCAGCCAACCUGAGACACCGCCGCGCUAUGCGACCGUAUCCUCGGUGGCAUCGGUUACCGACUUGGUUACCACAUUGGCUACAUCUAUGUCCGAUCUAGCUGCUACUUCGUCAUGGAGAGCAUGGAAACUCGCCGACGACAGCCGUCCGCUGGAUUCAUUGUACUGCACUUCAACGCAGCUGAAGGAGCGCGGCGCCACAUUAGUAGACCCAAGUACUCGGUCGGUAGAGGAUGCGCUAAUCCAAUCCGGCGACUCCUUCGUAUAUGAGGAAGAGAGCCUAACCUCGUGGGUAGUCGAUGCUAACACUGUGUCUGCACAGCCAGUCGCCGCAUCUGCAUCGACAUCGGAGCCGAUAACCACCAACAGCACCCCGCCGAAGGUUUUCGGUUCGGAUGGCGAUUUCUUCAGUCAGAUGCAGGCCAAACUGACCUCGCCUGCGAAGACGUCCUUGGCCGCUCCCUCUGCUCUAAAGCCAUCGGUUACUAUUAAGCCGACUUCUGCCACAUCCUCGCGCUAUAAAGCGUCGUCCUUGGAGCCGGGGACGUUGGGUCUUGGAAAUAUGGGCAAUACCUGCUUCAUGAAUUCUGCGCUGCAAUGUCUUGCGCAUACCAAGGAGCUAAUGGAUUAUUUCCUGACUGGUGUAUUCGAGGAGGAACUGAACCCUGACAAUCCUCUCGGUAUGCAGGGAGCCAUCGCUCAAGCAUUUGGCGCUCUUCUCCAGCGCAUCUGGGCUACAGGCUCAUCUAGCACAUCAUACUCGCCGCGCGAGUUUAAGCAGGCGUUGCAGCGAUUCGCGCCGCAGUUUAGUGGGUAUCAGCAACAUGACUCACAGGAGCUUGUGGCGUUCUUACUCGAUGGGCUGCAUGAGGAUCUCAACCGUGUCCUGAAGAAACCAUACGUGGAGAAACCUGACUGGGAGGGCGGGGGAGACAAGGAGUUGGUCGGAUUGGCUAACGAGUCUUGGCAAGGCUACAUGAGGAGGAAUGAUAGUGUCAUCGUCGACCUCUUUCAAGGCCAAUAUCAAAGUACGCUCGUUUGUCCUGAAUGCGAAAAGGUCUCGAUAACGUUUGAUCCGUUCAUGUAUCUCACUCUUCCGCUUCCGAUUCAGAAGAAAUGGAAGCAUGCGAUCUAUUAUGUACCGUGGAGCCUGGCAAAGCCACAUGUGAAGAUACCGGUCGAAAUAAACAGGGACGCCUCUUUCAAAGACCUACGGCAACUGCUGGGUCGUUGGAUGGAUGCUGAUCCUGACUGUCUAUUGACGAUGGAAACAUUCAGCUCGCGUUUCUACAAGGACCUUGACGAUACCUGUCUUGUCGGUGAGAUGAACGACAAUGACAUUAUCGUAUGCUUCGAGUUGCCAUGCCACGCGCAACAGAGCAGGACGUACAAGCAGAGCCCAGAUGACCCAGUUAUCAUCGCCGUCAACUUAUGUGAUAUUCCUGCACGUCAAGCCUAUCGCUCCCAAAAUCUCUUCGGGUACCCGUUUGUCAUCGUGCUAGACCAAGAACAGGCAGCUGAUCCCGAUGCUGUAUAUGAAGCUAUUAUCGAUCGACUACAGCGGUGGACCGACAAUGCUCGAGAUCUCUUUACCUGGGAAGCUACUACACCUGAUUCGCUAAAGCCAGUUCGAAUACCUCUUUCUGGUUCCGCGGUGGUGAAUUCCAUCACCGAGAUCAAGGAGAACGGUGAUGUUGUGACAGUCCAGGAGCCGACUAUAGAGGAAGGCGAUAUCACCGACGAGAAGGCGACCGUUGUACAAGAGUCAGAUGAAGUGCCUAUGGAGAUUGAUGCCGACGAAGAGGUCCGCAAAGUCGGCGUCAAGAAGGACAUUUUCAAACUUCGCAUUCAAGCUUGUGAUGCCAAGUAUGGCAUUGGUUAUGGCUCGUAUGGCACAUCUAUCCAGCGUUUCGAUUUAUGGGAAUUUUACGCGUCGCAAACGAAGGAUCUGCCGGAUGGAUCGUCAGCACCAGUCCUGCGCGAAAACAGCAUACUCCUUGCUGAGUUCGAUGAAAACAUGAAGGCAUACUACUUCGGUGAUGGCGAUGGACGCUGGGAUAGUGCGCGAUGGGAUAGAUGGCAAGCUUUUGAACACCCUGAGUACAUUGCCAGUCGACAAGCGGCGGCUUCUAUGAAAAACAAGGGCAUCUCGCUUCAAGAUUGCUUGGACGAGUUCACACGGGAGGAACAACUUGGUGCAGAUGAUCUUUGGUAUUGCCCACGCUGCAAGAAGCACCAGCAAGCCAUGAAACGAUUUGACCUCUGGAAGGUGCCGGAUGUACUUGUCGUUCAUCUAAAGCGAUUUAGUAACAGCCGGACGCUACGCGAUAAAAUUGACACAUUCGUUGAUUUUCCCAUUAACGGUCUUGACAUCUCGCCGAUGGUAGGUGAACGCCAAGUCGCCCAAAGACUAGUCGAGCAAGGGGUGGACAUAGCUCAGCUCGGAUUGAGUGACAUCGACGAACCGCUCAUAUACGAUCUCUACGCCGUCGAUGAGCAUCUUGGAGGUCUCGGAGGCGGUCAUUAUCGCGCAUAUGCAUACAACGAUACUACCGACAAGUGGUACCACUUUGAUGAUUCUUAUGUCUCACCGGUUCAACCAGAGGCGGCAGUGAAUGCCAACGCUUAUCUUCUCUUUUAUAAGAGGCGUACAUCCCGGCCCCUGGGAGGCAAGAGUCAUGCAAUGGUUGAGGCCGCUAGGACGAAGGCAACUGUUUCAUCGACAUCUACCCAGCCGGUUGAUCCACCAGCCCAGACCGUUCUUACACCUCCGACAACAGAAUCAAAUAAUAGUGUGGCUCCACAACUCGCCUCACUAGCUGGAUUGAGGUCGUUUACCGACGAUUGGCCCACCCAAUCACAACUUUCCCCGGCAUCUUCUCCUCCUCCGCUCGAUGACGGUGAACCACCAUCAUUCGAAAAUGCUCAAUUUGAUAGUGUCCUUCAAACUUCUUUGGAUCCUCUCGCCAUAUCCACACAUCGGUUCGACUAUCCCAGUUCGUCGUCGAGAGACUCUCCGACCUCAUCCAUAGAAGCGUUACCGGAUAUGGAUGAUGCGGAGAAUGCUGAGCAGCAUAUCGAACUCGAUGAGACUCAGGUAUCCUCCUUUGAACAAACUUUACGAAGAGCUGGGUUUGAGUCUUCUGUGGCAAGAAGAUCUUCACCCAGCUCAUGGAGUUUGGACGGGCCUCCUACCUAUUCCGAUGACGACCAAGACGAAAUAGAAUCUGUAGGUGCCGUGCGUAGCGGCACUCCUCUGUCGGACAUUGAUGUAUAG